AUGCGCAACGCUAAGCGCAAGCGAACGCGUGAUGCGUCGCCGUCGAUGGUAAAAACGCGGGCCAAAGUCAACCGCUACGCCGGCUACACCGUCGCUCCGGGCGCCGUGAUCGAUCGCGUGCGCGCCGCUGAGUGCACGUCGGAUACUCUAGACCUGAAAUACGUCUCGAAGCGUCGACCUGUGAUCAUCACGGACGUCUUCGCUGGCGAUUCGGAUUUGAAAGCGUGCGCGCAGUGGACGAACGGGUUUCUGCGGCGGCGGUGCGGCGGCGACGACGCGACGACUCGAGUGGAGACGCGAGACGUCGAGGCGAGAGAGGCGUUCGGGCGUGGGAAGUAUCGAGCGAUGACGUUCGAUGCGUUCAUGGAUAAGUUCGAGCGCGGCGAUGGGGGAUGGUACUUGUCAGCGGGUGGGAAGCGCUCGAUGUUUGGAGCGCCGGCGAGUAAGUUGGUGCGGGAGGAGAGCGACGGAAGCGAUGGGUUGCUUCCGCUCCGACCGCGUAUCAUACCGAGGUCUUUGGUUCCCGCGGACAUCAAUCUGUGGAUGGGACGGAACGACAGGCCUACAUCGAGCGGUUUACAUCACGAUUAUCACGACAAUUUAUACGUCCUCGCGCGUGGAUCAAAGCGGUUCAAGGUGUUCUCGCCGCUCGAUACCGAGCGGAUGUACACGUCGGGGAAGAUUCGUGUUGUGCAUGAGAACGGAUUGAUUGAUUACGAGGGGGCGCAGAUCACAGGGCACGGUGGAGACGUGGGGGCUUGCACAGGCGGCGGCAGCGCCGAAGGGAACGGCGACGACGAUGACGAUUCUGAUGAGGAAGAGGAGUUCAGUUUCGACGACGACGAUGACGAUGAUUUCGCGGAUUUCGACGGCGUGGACGACUACGACGAGAUGAACGAGUCGGAUGAUGCUGAUUCCGAGAGCGGUCGGGAAGAAGCCGCGAGCGGCUUGGACGAGGACAAAGAGGACCCGCCAAGCUUCAGUCGAGUGGACUACGACGAUUUAGAUAGAUUUCCUCUGUUUAAAGGCGCGAAGUCGAUGGAAUUCACCGUGAACGCAGGAGAGGCGUUGUUCUUACCCGCUGGAUGGUUCCACGACGUCUCGAGCGACGACAUGGGCGCGGGACACGUUGCCUUCAAUUACUGGUUCCAUCCUAGACCGAUCAGCAACUGA